AUGAGUGUGCAAACAGCUGCGCAAGCAGAGGCUCGGGUGAAUGUGGUGCUGUGUGGUGCAUGCAAUGUAAGGCACCACAGGGAUGUACUGUGCGAGCCUAGGAGGCAACCUCGUGAACAUGAGCAACCACAAAAUGGGGUGGGGGUGGUGGACGGUAGCGCGACUCACGCGGGGGAUGGUGGUGAGAAUGAAGAUGUUGAGGUAUCAGACGAGGAGGAGGACGGGAGUUCGGAGUCGGAGGGGGAGGGAGAAGAGCAGCCGAUAGAUGCGGGUGCUGGUGUCCAACAGGCUGUCCCAACAGUACUCCGUGAAGUAUUUGGCGAGGCAUUUAACGGGCUCAACACCUCAGGAACCAACGGAAACAUGCGCCCGGGGGGUGUGGGGUUAUCAACAGCGGCUGAGAGUGGGGGAUUGGGGGAGAGGGGAGGAGUAUCCGAGAGUGGAGGGUCUAGGGAGCGGGAAGGAGCAUACGCGAGUGGGGCAGAGAGGGGAGGAGCAUCAGCGGGUGGGGCAUGGAGGAGAGGAGCAGCCGAGAGUGGGGCGGGGAGGGCAGGAGCAGAGAGUGGGGCAGGGAGGGCAGGAGCAGAGAGUGGGGCAGGGAGGGCAGGAGAAGAGAGUGGGGCAGGGAGGGCAGGAGCAGAGAGUGGGGCAGGGAGGGCAGGAGCAGAGAGCGGGGUGGGAAGGGCAGGAGCAGCCGAGAUCGGGACAGGGAGGGGAGCAGCCGAGAUCGGGACAGGGAGAGGAGCAGCAGGGAGCGGGGCAGGGAGGGGAGGAGCAGCAGGGAGCGGGGCAGGGAGGGGAGGAGCAGCAGGGAGCGGGGCAGGGAGGGGAGGAGUAGCAGGGAGCGGGGGGGGAAGAGGAGGAGCAGCAGGGAGCGGGGCAGGGAGGGGAGGAGUAGCAGGGAGCGGGGGGGGAAGGGGAGGAGUAGCAGGGAGCGGGGGGGAGAGGGGAGGAGCAGUGAGCGGGGCGAGGAGGGCAGGAGCAACAGGGAGCAGGGCGGGGAGGGGAGGAGCAUCAGGGAGUGGGGCAGGGAGGGGAGGAGCAUCAGGGAGUGGGGCAGGGAGGGGAGGAGCAUCAGGGAGUGGGGCAGGGAGGGGAGGAGCAUCAGGGAGUGGGGCAGGGAGGGGAGGAGCAUCAGGGAGUGGGGCAGGGAGGGGAGGAGCAUCAGGGAGUGGGGCAGGGAGGGGAGGAGCAUCAGGGAGUGGGGCAGGGAGGGGAGGAGCAUCAGGGAGUGGGGCAGGGAGGAGAGGAGCAUCAGGGAGUGGGGCAGGGAGGGGAGUCGAGAGUGGGGUAGGGAGGGGAGCUGCAGGGAGCGGGUCGGGGAGGGGAGGUGCUGUAGGGAGCGGUGGAGUGGCGGGUGAGAUGGAAAUUGACCACAACGAUCCCACCCCUGGUGAUGCCUCGCAUAACAAUGGUGACAAUGUGAUGCAGCAACGACAUCAGAGACGGAAACAGCAGCAACAACAGGGACAGCAUCAGGAGCAGCAGGGACAGCAGGAGCGGCAGGGACAGCAGGAGCAGCAGGGAGGGCAGCAGCGACAGGGACAGCAGCAGCGGCAGGGACAGCAGGAGCGGCAGGGACAGCAGCAGCAGCAGCCGCAGCCGCAACAGCAGCAGCAGCAGCAGGGACAGCAGGAGCAGCAGGGAGGGCAGCAGCGACAGGGACAGCAGCAGCGGCAGGGACAGCAGGAGCGGCAGGGACAGCAGCAGCAGCAGCCGCAGCCGCAACAGCAGCAGCAGCAGGGACAGCAGGAGCAGCAGGGAGGGCAGCAGCGGCAGGGACAGCAGCAGCGGCAGGGACAGCAGGAGUGGCAGGGACAGCAGCAGCAGCAGCCGCAGCCGCAACAGCAGCAGCAGCAGGGACAGCAGGAGCAGCAGGGAGGGCAGCAGCGACAGGGACAGCAGCAGCGGCAGGGACAGCAGGAGCGGCAGGGACAGCAGCAGCAGCAGCCGCAGCUGCAACAGCAGCAGCAGCAGGGACAGCAGGAGCAGCAGGGAGGGCAGCAGCGACAGGGACAGCAGCAGCGGCAGGGACAGCAGGAGCGGCAGGGACAGCAGCUGCAGCAGCCGCAGCCGCAACAGCAGCAGCAGCAGGUACAGCAGGAGCAGCAGGGAGGGCAGCAGCGGCAGGGACAGCAGCAGCGGCAGGGACAGCAGGAGUGGCAGGGACAGCAGCAGCAGCAGCCGCAGCCGCAACAGCAGCAGCAGCAGGGACAGCAGGAGCAGCAGGGAGGGCAGCAGCGACAGGGACAGCAGCAGCGGCAGGGACAGCAGGAGCGGCAGGGACAGCAGCAGCAGCAGCCGCAGCCGCAACAGCAGCAGCAGCAGGGACAGCAGGAGCAGCAGGGAGGGCAGCAGCGACAGGGACAGCAGCAGCGGCAGGGACAGCAGGAGCGGCAGGGACAGCAGCAGCAGCAGCCGCAGCCACAACAGCAGCAGCAGCAGGUACAGCAGGAGCAGCAGGGAGGGCAGCAGCGGCAGGGACAGCAGCAGCGGCAGGGACAGCAGGAGUGGCAGGGACAGCAGCAGCAGCAGCCGCAGCCGCAGCCGCAACAGCAGCAGCAGCAGCAGGGACAGCAGGAGCAGCAGGGAGGGCAGCAGCGACAGGGACAGCAGCAGCGGCAGGGACAGCAGGAGCGGCAGGGACAGCAGCAGCAGCAGCCGCAGCCGCAACAGCAGCAGCAGCAGGGACAGCAGGAGCAGCAGGGAGGGCAGCAGCGACAGGGACAGCAGCAGCGGCAGGGACAGCAGGAGCGGCAGGGACAGCAGCAGCAGCAGCCGCAGCCGCAACAGCAGCAGCAGCAGGGACAGCAGGAGCAGCAGGGAGGGCAGCAGCGGCAGGGACAGCAGCAGCGACAGGGACAGCAGGAGUGGCAGGGACAGCAGCAGCAGCAGCAGGGGCAGCAGAUGCCCCUGCUCCUGCAGCAGCUGCUGCAGAAUGCGCAGCAGGAAGGGCAGCAGCAGCAGGGAGAGCAGCAUGAGAUGCGUGGCCAGCAACAACAGCAGCAUGGUGUUGGGCUACAUCUGGAGCAACUGCUCCAAGUAUUGCGACAACAUACCCAAAACCAAAACCACCAACAGUGGCCUCAAUCACAGCACCAGCAGCAAGAUCGACACGAGCAUCUGUAA